AUGUCAUUACGAUUCGAUAACAAGGUCGCUGUCAUCACUGGAGCUGGAAAUGGGCUCGGUCGUGCCUAUGCAUUGCUGUUUGCGAGCCGAGGUGCCAAGGUCGUAGUUAAUGAUUUAGGCGGUUCUGCUUUUGGACAAGGUGCAUCAAAAAACGCAGCGGACAAGGUCGUCGACGAAAUCCGUGCUGCCGGUGGAACAGCUGUAGCAUCCUACGAUUCGGUUACAGAGGGUGAAAAGAUCAUCGAUGCGGCCAUCAAGGCUUUCGGACGAGUUGAUAUUCUAGUCAACAAUGCUGGUAUUUUACGAGACAAGUCUUUCGGAAGAAUGAGUGACGAAGAUUGGGACUUGAUUCACCAAGUCCACGUCUAUGGAUCAUACCGAUGUGCCAAGGCUGCAUGGCCACACAUGCAAAAGCAAAACUAUGGUCGUAUUAUCAACACCAGUUCGACCAGUGGAAUCUACGGAAACUUUGGUCAGGCAAACUACGCAGCUGCCAAGCUUGCGUUGCACGGCUUCACUCUCAGUCUAUGCAAGGAGGGCGUCAAAUACAAUAUCAAAUGUAAUACUUUGGCCCCAGCUGCUGGCUCCAGAUUGACCGCCACCGUUUCGAGCCCUGAGCGUGUCGAGGCAAUGAAACCAGACUAUGUCGCAUCCCUCGUCGGAUACAUGUGUCACGAGAGCUUCCCAGACACUGGUCUAUUAUUCGAAGCCAAUGCCAACUGGUUUACCGAAUACAGAUUUGAACGAUCCAAGGGUGCUGUAUUCCGUUUGGACGAAAGUUACACUCCCGCAGCAGUUCGAGCUCGUUUUGGAGAAAUCGUUGACUUUAGUCAACACGAGUACCCCAACAUGAACUCUGGUGUCUCCAGCAUGGACAGAAUCAAACAAUCUAUGGCUCUACCCAAGAACCCACAGGGAACCGCUAUCCGAUUCGAUGAUCGAGUUGCUGUCGUAACUGGUGCUGGUGCUGGUCUUGGUCGUGCUUACGCUAUGCUCCUUGCUAGCUUGGGAGCUAAAGUUGUCGUCAACGAUCUUGGAGGUGCCUUCAACGGAGUUGGAUCCUCUAAAUCUAGCGCUGACAAGGUUGUCGAAGAAAUCGUUGCUGCUGGUGGUAUCGCCGUAGCCAACUACGACAACGUAGAACAAGGCGAGAAAAUCAUUGACACUGCAAUCAAGGCUUUCGGCAAAAUUGAUAUCUUGAUCAACAAUGCUGGUAUUUUGAGGGACAAAUCGUUUGCCAGAAUGACAGACGAUGAUUUCGAUAUCAUUCAACGUGUACACUUGAAGGGAACCUACCGCACAUCCAAGGCAGCAUGGGAGCACAUGCGCAAACAAAAAUACGGAAGAAUCGUAAACACUACUUCUUCAGUCGGUCUCUAUGGAAACUUUGGUCAAACCAACUACUCUUGUGCCAAGCUUGGUACUGUUGGUCUAUCCAGCACAUUAGCUAUUGAAGGAAUGAAGGACAACAUUAACGUAAACGUCAUUGGUCCCGGUGCAGGAACUCGACUAACUGCCACCGUCAUGCCACCGGAAAUGGUUGAAGCAUUGAAGCCGGAAUACGUUGCACCACUCGUCGUAUACCUCUGCUCAGAAAUCUGCCGUGAGACCAACAAUGUCUUUGAAUCCAGUACCGGUUGGGCUGCCAAGGUCAGAUGGCAACGAAGUGCAGGAUACUUCCAUCCCUUCGGCAAGGUAGCCAGCAUUGAAGAAAUCCAGGCCAAGUACCCGCAAAUUCGAUCUUUCGAGAGUGGUUUUGCUUACCCUGAGCGCUCAAUGGACUCUGCAGCAAUGGCUUCCACCAACUUCCCUGACGAACUACGAAAAGUGGCCAAACGACUUCCUCGAGGGAACGCUGCUGCAGCAACUGACUCCAAACUCUAA